GGUGCGAAAGUAGGUGGCCUCCAUCACUCAAGGUUGCUGCCUGUGCUACUCGCAACUUUUGAAAUCAAUCCCCCCCCCCUUUUUUUUCUGCAUCAUGCAACGGAUGCCACCGUUCCUUGGGUUUGCAACCCCCCACCCCUCCCCCGAGACCAAUCAUUGCCGCGCUCGGGCCUCUGCACAGCGCCCCCGCCCCCUUCCCGGGCCGCACGCAGCCACCACCACCGCCGCCGCCACCGCCACCAGCAACACGGAGCCGCUCCGGCCACCGGCCCGCCGCCUUAAAGGGAGGUGGCCGCUCUUAAAGGGACCCUCGCGCGCCCGGCCGGCGGGAGCGCGGCGGCCCGGUUCCCGGAGGGCCGCACCCAGCCUAGGCCGAGCUCCACGCGGCGUCCAAGCGCGGGGCCGUGCCGCCGCCACCGGGAGCAGCAUUUUUAUUCAGGCGACGCUUAAGGGAGCCCGGCGCGCCCGGUGCAUUGUGGGAGCGCCGCGGCCCGUUUUCGGGAGGAGGCGGAGGGCGCAAAGCGAGCCGGUGGAUCACAAGUAGAAAGCCCAUUGGAUCCAGAGAAAGGGAGGGGAGGGGCUGAACUGUGAAGAGUGCGGCCCCAGAACCAUGUCUACUCGGGAGUCCUUUAACCCGGAAACUUAUGAAUUGGACAAGAGCUUCCGGCUAACCAGGUUUACUGAACUGAAAGGCACAGGCUGCAAAGUGCCCCAAGAUGUCUUGCAGAAAUUGCUGGAAUCUUUACAAGAGAACCACUUCCAAGAAGAUGAGCAGUUUCUGGGAGCGGUUAUGCCACGACUUGGCAUUGGGAUGGAUACUUGCGUCAUUCCUCUGAGGCACGGUGGUCUCUCCUUGGUUCAAACCACAGAUUACAUUUAUCCUAUCGUGGACGACCCUUACAUGAUGGGCAGGAUAGCGUGUGCCAAUGUCCUCAGUGACCUCUAUGCGAUGGGUGUCACAGAAUGUGACAAUAUGCUAAUGCUCCUCGGAGUCAGUAAUAAAAUGACUGACCGGGAAAGGGAUAAAGUGAUGCCGCUAAUUAUACAGGGUUUUAAAGAUGCGGCCGAGGAAGCGGGGACCUCUGUAACGGGUGGCCAAACGGUAUUGAACCCCUGGAUUGUUCUGGGAGGAGUCGCCACAACUGUCUGCCAGCCCAAUGAAUUUAUCAUGCCAGACAACGCGGUGCCGGGGGACGUGCUGGUGCUGACAAAACCCCUGGGGACGCAGGUUGCAGUGGCUGUGCACCAGUGGCUGGAUAUUCCUGAAAAAUGGAAUAAAAUUAAGCUCGUGGUCACCCAAGAAGACGUAGAGCUGGCGUACCAGGAGGCAAUGGUGAACAUGGCGCGGCUCAACAGGACAGCUGCAGGCCUCAUGCACACGUUCAAUGCUCAUGCAGCCACUGAUAUCACAGGCUUCGGGAUUCUGGGCCAUGCACAGAACCUGGCCAAGCAACAGAGGAACGAGGUGUCGUUUGUGAUUCACAAUCUUCCCGUGCUAGCCAAGAUGGCCGCUGUGAGCAAAGCCUGCGGAAACAUGUUCGGCCUAAUGCAUGGGACCUGCCCAGAGACGUCAGGAGGCCUGCUAAUCUGCCUACCGCGUGAGCAAGCGGCUCGGUUCUGUGCAGAGAUAAAGUCCCCCAAAUAUGGCGAAGGCCACCAAGCAUGGAUUAUUGGGAUUGUAGAGAAGGGCAACCGAACAGCCAGAAUCAUCGACAAACCUCGGAUUAUUGAAGUCGCACCUCAAGUAGCCACACAAAACGUGAAUCCCACACCUGGUGCCACCUCCUAAUCCAGACAGAAAUAGCUAUUGAUUUUGUCUUUACAUAGAUCUAUUUCCUUUAUCAUCACUUCAAUUAAAGACUCUAAGAACAACAAAUCUCAUUGUGUCUACACAGCUGGUGACCCUAGGUCGGUUUAUGAGUGGAUGCAAUUAAUAAAAUGAAAUCCAUGGCCUUCUUUUCCUGUUACAUUAACUGAAGAUGCACCCAACCUCCAGGCAGCUUCUGAGUUGAGAAUGAUAUUGUUAUCCGAUACUGUUGAUUCAUUUUGAAUCUUUAGAUGCGCAUCUCUUGCCGCACAGGCGCUCUCUAAAGGUGCUUUUCUGCCACAGGCACUGCUGAGAGGAAUACCACUAGCAGUCUGUCUUCUCAUUCUACCUAUCACAUCAGUCUGGUCUGUUUUCAAGUGUCUCGGUUGACACUCUAGAAAGACAGAAUUGGUAAGUCACGUGACGGCCUCCCUAGUCAGGGUUGCAAGGCUCCUUCGAGGGUUUGGUUUGUAAGUUGAGUCUAAUACCUCGGGGGCAUUUCUUUACCCAGUAGCCCACUCGGUUCAGGAUGGCAGGUGCUUUGCUUGGCAUGGUAAGCACCACUUGGCAGUAAUAACCGUUGAUGGUCUUUACCGUAGGAGAAAGGAUACUUUCUGCAAUGUUCAUAGUUCUAUAGCACGACAAGAACUGCCUUCCGAUAGGGGCUUCGUGUAUAGUACUCAUUUAUAAUUCAGUAUCUAAUUUACUUCGCAAAUGAUUUUUAAAUAUGAUCAAUACUAAAGACUGUUCUGUGGAUGGUAGUGUUUAAUACAUUUUAUAUUUUGUAUAGUGAUUUCAGGCCUCUUGUUUAAAAUCAGCAGCUCUUUAGCCCAAUUCUUAGCAUCAUUUUGUCCUUGCGCCCGUACCUUUUUGUGCACGCAUUUUGUGAUUUGUGUUAAAAACCUGCAUUGCCAACGUUGCAGCUCCAACAUAAAAGUUGUUAUUCAAAUAAAUAUUUAAUUUUUUUAAUUGCUCUUGUAUAAUCAGAUGCCCUUUUUAGUAUUAUUUUAGAAGCAUCUGGGAGGGUUUUGCCUAAAAUACAAUUUAUUGGGGAAACUAGAUUUUAGUUUUAUAAACUUUUAAGUCUUUCAUGGGACCUAUAUUUUCUUGAAUUAAAUUUUGUAGUUCUAGAACAAAUAGGCAAUCUACAAAGGUGUUAUCUGUGUUUCUUAAAAACAGGCUUCCUUAUCUUCCUUAUCUGUUAAGCAGCUGGGGGAUUCCCGUCUUUAAGCACAAGGGCACUGGGUCCUCAAACGCCUGUCUUCAAAAGAGAAAAAGCACCAGUCUUCAGGUUUCACAGGGCUUCCUACUAACAGGCCCCAAAGCUAAGCUUUGUAAACUCACCCAACCUUCUCAACACGGAACACCAGGAAACCGCCAUUGGACCAACGGAGCUCCCGGAAGGAAGAGGCUGCCACAUGCUUGUGUCCCUGGGAGCCACGGGAUCUCCUGUAUGCACCUACAGCUGGAACAGAACCACCGAGUCUGGCCCCAGAGAGGAAGCUGUCACAGAAGGACACUAAUUGGACACUAUAGGAAAUGAUAUGAUGUUGGUCCUUGAAAGUAUGCACCAGUCAUCUGCAAAAUAAAACGUGUUGGAACCCUC